AUGUCUGCUCCCGAAGCUCACCACCUUUUCAACCACCCCAUUGCGGACCACUCCUUCUCCGCAGACCGCCAGACGCUGGCCGUCGCCCGCGAGAACAAUGUCGACCUCUACCAGAAGACGGGCAGCGGAUACAAGCUCAAGGAUGAGCUGACUGGACACGACAAGACAGUCACGGGUGUAGAUAUUGCACCCAAUUCGGGCAAGAUCGUGACGUGCUCGCAAGAUCGCAAUGCGUACGUCUGGGAGCCCUCACCACAGGGCUGGAAGCCUACACUGGUGCUUCUCCGUAUCAACCGUGCCGCCACUUGCGUUCGCUGGGCACCUUCGGAGACCAAGUUUGCCGUUGGAUCUGGUGCUCGUCUGAUUCCCGUCUGCUACUUCGAGGAGGAAGACAACUGGUGGGUGUCCAAGCACAUCAAGAAGCCCAUUCGCUCUACCGUCACAUGUGUGGCCUGGCACCCCAACUCGGUCCUGCUUGCUGCUGGCUCCACUGACGGUCACGCGCGCGUGCUCUCUUCUUUCAUCAAGAAUGUGGACGAACGCCCGGAACCCUCGGCGUGGGGAGAGCGUCUCCCCUUCAACACCGUAUGCGGCGAGUACCUGAACAACACAGCAGGUUGGGUCCACAGCGUCGCCUUUUCGCCCUCUGGUAAUGCUCUCGCCUUUGCGUCUCACGACAGCACCCUCACCGUCGUCUACCCCAGCGGCCCCGAGCAGGCUCCCCGUGCCCUACUUAGCAUCAGCACUCAAGUUUUGCCCUUCAUGUCAUUGGUUUGGAGCUCCGAGGACGAGAUCAUCGCUGCGGGAUACAACUGCGAGGCCUACCGCCUGAAGGGUGACGAGUCAGGGUGGCAAUUGACUGGUUCCUUGGAGACGAAGAGCAGGCCCGGACUUGCCGAUCAGCGCGAGGAGAGCGCACUGAACAUGUUUAGGCAGAUGGAUCUCAAGGGCAAAUCGGGCACGGAUGAUACUAAGCUCAAGACUGUUCAUCAGAACACCAUCAACACUAUCCGCAGCUUUGAGGAGAGCGGAAGUGGCAUCACAAAGAUCAGUUCCACUGGUGUCGAUGGCAGAGUUGUCAUCUGGACUUUGUAGGUACAUGUCAUGAAAUAUGCAAGUAGCAUUUUGAAAUGAGAAAAUCAAAUUCAAUGACGCA